UUAUACAGGCGCCAUGACAGUGUUUCAUCCAGAGACAGACCGGACAAAAGCAGGUUGGACAGGUCCUGGUGCUGAACAGGGUUUAAUGGAUUUAUUCCGCGCUCACGUGUCUUAAUACAAGGGUUUUUUUUCUGAUAAACAUCCUAAAGGUGUAUUAUCUUUGGAUAUUUUUCAUGCUGCAUCUUUAUGGACUCACUGAAAAGGAACAUUUAAUUAGCGGUGUAAUGACAAUGCAUAACACUAGGAAGUCAUGGAGGAGGUAUGUGUCUGCGCUUUUGUUUAUAGGUACUCUUGUGAACACGGUUAUAUCCGUCACUCAUUAUUCUAUUCCCGAAGAAUUGGAGGAAGGGUCGGUUGUCGCCAAUUUAGCUUCUGAUUUAGGUUUAGACGUGAAGACUCUGAGCAGGCGGAAGAUGCGGUUAGACAUCAUAUCUAGCAAACGAUAUCUGGAUGUGAACAAAGAAUCAGGGGAGCUUUACAUCGUUGAGAGGAUAGACAGAGAGUAUCUCUGUGCAAUAAAGACAACGACAUGUUACCUAAAAAUGGAGGCUAUCGUGGAGGACCCGCAAAGAAUAUUUUACAUCGAAAUUGAGAUAAUGGAUAUCAAUGACAACGCUCCUCAUUUUCGACGAGAUAUUAUAAACUUAGACAUUAUGGAAUCCACUGCAGCUGGUGAGAGAUUCUCCGUUAAUAACGCUGUUGACCCAGACCUAGGAUCCAAUUCAGUCAAAACAUACCUUCUGAGCGAAAGUGAGCACUUUGACAUAGAAAUCCAAACCGGAAGAGACGGAUCCAAAUUUGCUGAUUUAAUAUUAAAGACGGGUUUGGACCGAGAAAAGCAAGCAGUACACAAUUUAAUUCUCACUGCUGUGGAUGGUGGAAUCCCCACGCGCACUGGCACAGCCAGUAUUGUUGUUGGUGUGGUAGACACGAAUGACAACGCCCCAACUUUCGAAAAAGAACAUUUUGACGUUAAUAUUAUGGAAAACUCUCCAGUUGGAUGUCUUGUUAUAAAGCUGAAUGCUAGAGAUUUAGAUGAAGGGACAAAUGCCGAGAUCGAAUAUACAUAUAGUCUGUACACUUCAGAAAAAACACAAGGAUCGUUUAACCUGAAUCCUUCCACUGGUGAAAUAACAGUGAAGGGAAUGAUGAACUACGAAGACAUUCAAACUUAUGAAAUGGAAAUCAUAGCAAGGGAUAAGGCAGUCAACAGUUUAUCAGGGCAGUGUAAAGUAAAAAUCUCCGUAACAGAUAUGAAUGAUAAUCACCCAGAAAUAUCCAUCAAAUCAUUUAAAAGUCCGAUCAAAGAAAAUGAACCGAUAGACACAGUGAUAGCUGUAGUUAGU